AUGUCCUCUGCUCAGCAACGUCUUACCCAGGUGACUUCCCACUUCGCCCCUGGUGGCAAGAAGGGCGUCGCCGCCAUCACCGAGAAGCACCCCGAUGACAUUGUCGUGACAUGUGCCCUUCGUUCUGCCCUCACUAAGGGUGGAAAGGGUGGCUUCAAGGAUACUGCGGCCGCUGAUAUCCUGGCUGGCGUUUUCAAGGGUGUUAUUGAGAAGAGCGGCAUCGACCCCAACGUCGUGGAGGAUGUUGCUGUCGGCUCCGUCCUUGCCCCUGGUGGCGGUGCCACCGAGUUCCGUGCUGCUGCCCUGGUUGCUGGUUUCCCCGAGACUACUGCUGUCAAGAGCUUGAACCGCCAGUGCUCCAGUGGUCUUCAGGCCAUUGUUGACAUUGCCAAUGCUAUCAAGUCCGGCAUGAUUGAAGUUGGUAUUGGUGCUGGUGUGGAGAGCAUGUCCUCUCAGUAUGGUCCUGGUGCUGUCACCGAAUUCUCCGACCUCCUUGAAAACCACCAAGAGUCUGCCAACUGCAAGGUCCCCAUGGGUGUUCUGUCGGAGAACAUGGCCAAGGAUCGUGGCGUCACUCGUGCUGCCCAAGAUGCUUUCGCCGCCUCGUCCUACCAGAAGGCUGUUAAGGCUCAGAAGGCUGGUCUUUUCGACGAGGAGAUCUAUCCUCUUCAGGUCAAGUGGACCGACCCCAAGUCUGGUGAGGAGAAGACCAUUACCGUCAAGGCCGAUGAUGGCAUCCGUGACGGCAUCACCGCUGAAUCCCUGGGCAAGAUUCGCCCAGCUUUCGCUAAGGAUGGCUCCAUUCAUGCCGGCAAUGCCUCCCAGAUCUCUGACGGUGCCGCUGCCGUUUUGCUGAUGAAGCGUUCCACUGCUGAGCGUCUCGGCCAGAAGAUCAUCGGCAAGUACGUCUCCGCUAGCGUUGUGGGUGUUAAGCCCCUGCUCAUGGGUAUCGGCCCCUGGAAGGCCAUCCCCGUGGCCCUUGAGAAGGCUGGCAUCACCAAGGAUGACGUUGACAUCUACGAGAUCAACGAGGCUUUUGCCUCUCAGUGCGUGUGGUGUGUCAAUGAGCUUGGACUGCCUCAAGAGAAGAUCAACCCUAAGGGAGGUGCCAUUGCAUUCGGACACCCUCUUGGCUGCACCGGUUCUCGCCAGAUCAGCACCCUGCUGACCGAGCUGAAGCGCACUGACAAGAAGAUUGGUGUCACUAGCAUGCAUCAGAUCGAGCACUUGAUCAAGAAGCUCGCGUGGAAUAGCAACCACGCCUUCCAACGGAUCACAGAAGAUGAUAUCGCCCUAAGCGCAAAGAGACGCUCAGCCAUGGUUCAACAACAGCAAGAAGAAAGACAUACCGGAGACACCGUCACCCCACCAAGAGAAACAGGCACAUUCCGAGCGCCCGUCAGAGCCCCAGGGCACAAAAAGCAACAAGAGGAUGAUGAAACUUACCGGGAGCCGACACUCCCUGAUCUCACUGAGGUCACGCACGCGCCCGUUCACCAAGGCCCCCUUGACCCCGAGAUACUUCAUCCGGACCGCCAUGAUCCCACCCAGGACGGCGCAGUGCUGUCCCUCGGGCUGCUCGAUCACAGCUACGGUUCCCGGCUCGGCAAAGUCGACCCAGUGCGUCCCGGCGGGGAAGCCAUGGACUCUACCGACUCGGUCGCCGGCACGGGGUCUGAUUUGGGGAUGAACUUGAAUGUUGAAGCGGGGGCGAUGACUUUGGGGGCGUUUUCAUUUCGCCCGAUGGUUGGCGAGAAGGGCACUUCGCGAUGCUGCUGUUAA